CCAAUGAGAAUCGUUCAAUUAUUGCCUACAAUCGCCUCAGAGGGGCGGUGCAAGGCCACUUCUCUAGUCACCUGUGCUGAGCGCUACAACAGCAUCGCUCCAGGCUGGCUUGUCUCGGUGAUCAAGUAUUUAUCGCGUGACAAUUACCGAGAUACUUAUGAAACUUCCCGGUCAUCACGUUCCUGUUUCCUUUCCUUUCCUUACCAAAGUUCUAAUUGGAAGACGCGGGCGUCUCUUGAUUGGUACCCGGAGCUGGAGGCCCUCUCAGGCAGGUCCUUGGAGCUUGUUAUCUCCUAAAAGUCAUGGUUUUGUUGUUUCCUCAAGGCCUAGCGAUAUGUGUUUUCUUCUAUGCACUCCUAGGCCUUGCGGAGCAUAGCCGAAGUUUCUCCUGGGAUUUAAUGAAUAACAAAUUUGAGCGAGUACACAGUCUGACCGUCUGUGAUAGCCUGCACAUUUCACUUUCUUCGUCGUCUGGAGGCUAUAACGAUAUUGGACCUUCUCCACACACCCUUCUUGCCUUUGAAGCUGGUGGGGCGCUGACUACUACCCAAAUCCACGAAGAUGGUCUGUGGCAGGUGAACCACCCAGCAGGGUCUCAACUGCUCCUCGCCCUUGUCGACUCCUUUGGAAACUCGGGAGGGGUGCUCCCCACAGUCUUCACGGUUGCAUCAGGAUCCUCAGACUGUCUUCCCGCACUCCCCACAUUUGCAGUUUCCCCAACGAUUAUAACGAAUGUCACCCGUAUCGAGCCUUGCGGCUCCUGGCAGAUGUCCAUCUCAGGCGGAAUUCCACCAUACACCAUCACUCUCGCAUCUCCCGGAGCCUCCUCUCUGCGGCACUUCGCUAUGCCACAAGAGGCUACCCUGAUUUCAUUUAUAAAUAGCAGUAUCACACUAAGAGGUCCUACUAUAGGUGCGUCGGAAUCCUCGGCAACCUGAGACUGUUGACUGAGGGUAAGCCUGUGUUUUGUUCCUGCUAAAGCUGCAGUGCGUGAUUCGUCUGGUCUAUAUGGACGUACGACCGAAUUUGUAGAAGUCAUCGAUACUACUGGAGUAUCUUGUCAGGCUGUGAAUCGGGGCGGACAGUCCAUUCUUGCCGCACGAUCGAAUGGCAGUGUAAAGAUAAAC